AUCUCUCACAGACUUUGAACUUUCCAAGCGUGACCGGCAGCUGAUUACAAAUCAAAAACCCAUCUCUAGCCGCGCGCCAUGAAUCUAUAAGAACCCAAAGAUGUAAGCUCUCAAAGCACCCAUCAUCAAUCCAACCAAAUUGAACCCAGAAACCUCUUUGGUUGAUUUGCUUCCCGCUGUUGAUUGGUUUCCAAAAUGAGGAGUUUCGCCUUCUUGUUGCCGCUUCUCGUCACCUUCUGCAUGGUGGCGCCUCGUUCCGACGCCGCCACCUUCGACAUCCUAAACAAAUGCACCUACACAGUCUGGGCCGCCGCCAACGCCCCCUCCUACCAAGGCGGAGGCAAGCGGCUCGACCCCGGCCAGUCAUGGAACAUCAACGUUCCCCCCGGCACCGUCCAAGCCCGCAUCUGGGGCCGCACCAACUGCAACUUCGACGGCAACGGCCAGGGCAGCUGCAAGACCGGCAACUGCGACGGCGGCCUCAAAUGCAAAGGCUACGGCAGCCCGCCCAACACGCUCGCCGAGUUCGCCCUCAACCGACCUAACAACCUCGACUUCGUCGACAUCUCCAACGUUGACGGAUUCAACAUCCCGAUGGAAUUCAGCCCCGUCAAAGCCGGCACCUGCAAGGAUCUCCGGUGCACAGCCGACAUUGUCCGCCAGUGCCCGGCGGAGCUGAAGGCUCCCGGAGGCUGCAACAACCCCUGCACGGUGUACAAGACCAAUAAGUAUUGCUGCACCAACGGGCAGGGGAGCUGCGGCCCGACGCCGUUGUCGAAGUUCUUCAAGGAACGGUGCCCAGAUGCUUACAGCUACCCGCAGGACGACCCGACGAGCUUGUUCACUUGCCCGGCUGGGACCAACUACAAGGUCAUCUUCUGCCCGUGAACAUCAUGAAGCUUUUCUCCAUCGCCGGCUUCCAUUGCGGAAUCUACCGGGAAAGUAUUAUAUACAUAUAUAUAUAUAUAUACAUGUAUAAGAUCGAUCUCACUGGCUCGUUUGAAGGUUUUGUGAGAUUUGAUCAUUAGAGAGUGUAGUACAAUAAAUUUUGUGCACACGUGGUGUUGUGCACAGUGGAGUUUUCAUGCAAUUAUAGCAAAUAAAUAUAUAAGAAAAUUAAUUAUUACUUAAA